GUCAAUACAGCCUGUGCAAGGUGGCAAGGUCCUGGACAAGGAAGCGAAGCGGUGCGCCCUGGUACUUCGUAUGACUGGCUGCCCGUAUAAUGCGCUGGCGAUCGCCGACGACGCGGCCAUCCUCGCGGCCGACGACAACUGCCCACCAAAGUCGCCAGUCUGCUUGCUCAACAAAAAGUGCGUUCUCCUCAACGCCGACUGCAAAACACUGCUGUCGACCUUGACCAAGGACCUGACCGGGAUGACGUUGCCACUCGUGUCCUUCUACCCGUUCGCCGCCGUUGGCAACCUCGCCAACUACCCCAACGCUACGCUAGGCGUCGACUGCGCUGGCGGGUACCUCGAUCUCAGCACGCUCCUCUUUCCAGCCAAAUUCACCACCACGCGGCUCAACCGGCCCACCAUAGCCCUGCACCGGUGCAAGCUGCGGUCGCUCUCCGCAGAGAUCAAGUGGCCCACCAACCUCGAGACUUUGUCUCUCAUUGACAACCAGCUGAGCGCGUUGCCCCCGAACCUGCCGCAGGGCCUUCGCACGCUACGACUAAGUAGCAAUCACAUUCAAGACAUCUCCAAGCUGCGGACAGUUCCAUUGACGUAUCUGGAUCUUCGCGCCAAUGCCCUUACGUCGAUUCAAGAUAUGACGUGGCCGGCUCUUAAUUACCUGGAGCUCGGCGGCAACAGCGCGCUUCAGACCAUCAAGCACGUUCAACUGACCAACGCCAUCGAAUACGUCGGUGCGACGGCGACCGCACUGACCGACUGGAUCAUGGACGAAACAACGUACUUGGCGCUGCGGCGCCUGACGCCGACCGCGUCCAACACGUCCACGCUGGAUACCGCGUCCAUCUCCGGCGUCGUCCGCAGUAGUACUUUCUGUGAUGCCAUCGAAAAUGCCGCGCUCAAGCCGCUCUGGUCGGUUGAUGCCAGCAGCACGUGGAAGGUCUGUGUCAUGGGGUCGCCCAACGGCAAAGCGCCGCCGACGACGAAUAACACGACGUGGGUGAUUACGGCCGCCGUAAUCGCUCUCAUCGCGCUUCUCGGUGUAUUGUACAAGCGCUGGCGCCGACGAGCGUGGACCGAGCCCUCGGACGGACUCGCCACCGAACUCGACGCGUUCGAACCUAUUCGAAUUCCCAGCCGCGACCUC